GCUCUCUAUCAUCGGACCCAAUGUUGCGUUGUGUCUUGUUCCCAUCUCUGUUCAGCUUUCUUCAACAAAUCCAACUCGACCUUAAACCCUGCUGUAAUCUCUCCUGUUCUCCUUGCAGAUCGUUACAAUGUCAUGACCAAAGAACAGCUGGAAGACAACGCUGGGCGUUCUAGUUCCGAUCAAAUGAGCUAUUGUAUUAGGCAGCCUAAAGCCUGCAGCUCCUUAACAUAUCUGUGUCUAGAAGCACCUUUAUCCCUGGCACGCUCUCUUAUUACAUCCUAGAUAAGUCGAGCAACGACAAAGGUUAACAACGGUCUUUUUCUCUUAGCUCCCGCUUUUUUGUCAAUCCGUUUAAACUUUUUACGGGAUGAGGAGAGAAAAAAAAGGAACAGACGUAGAGGUUUUUCCAGGCCCAUCCUCCGAUUUACCCAGUUUGAAUUUAACGGCAGUUAUUUUUUACGCUGACCCGUGCACCAGCGUGUAGGCAUGACGUCAGCAAGCUGAGACACGGGACGGGAAUACCUGUCAGUGUCUCUAAACACACAAUAUGACAACGCCUGGUAGUUAGUACGCAUGUCCGGACGUGGUGUGGUGCGGUAACCUGCCCACAAGCCAUUAUUUUGUAAGGCAAGCCCUGAUGACUGACGCAUCUCUCAGUAGGCGUAAUUCAAUGCAUACGGGAUAUUUUAAUGGUGCCUAUAUAUACAAUCGCAUUACAAAAAAGUGCUCAGAUAUAUUUUAAUUUUGAGGCGGAGAGAAAGAUGGGUACCAUGAAGGCUAUUAUACCGGGAUUUUUACCAGCGCUUAUAUUCCUUCUCUCCCUACAGUCUCAGAUAGUUCAAAUAUCGUCUGAUGGCAAACUAUCCAUAAAAUUCUUACGCUAUGAAAAUCCGCUGAAAUUCAAGUACAACCUGUUUUGCUGUGACGGAGAAUACCGCUCUGGGCAGUGUACGGGAGGUUGUGAUCACAGAGUACGAGUGUGCAUAGAUCAUCUGAACAGCACUGACGACAUAGAGACAUGUCCACUGGGAAGGUACGAGUUAGGAGGCGUGGCCUUUGAACAGGGGAGUUUUGAUUUUCCUUCGUCAUUCCUGGGGGGUCUUCCUAAUCCUUUCCCUGUCAGCCUACAAACGUGGGAGGGAGGAGUUCAGGUGAAAAUCAUGAUCUAUGAUCAAGACACGGGAAUCGAUGAGCUGAUAGACGACUUCAGAUUUGAUUUUACCGACCCAGAGCCUGCCGUUGACUGGUCUCCAAGUCCAGCCGAUUACAACAGCCCGCUAACACUGGUGGGCCUUCGACCCACUAUACCAUCAGGGUUAACCGUAGCGUUGGAGGCUUACUGCGACGUCAGCUUUUACGGGCCAAGCUGUUCUGUCAACUGUGUACCCGAAAAUGACUGUCUCGGACAUUAUGAAUGUAAUAAAACGACCGGAGAGAAUAUUUGUCUGCCAGGGUGGACCGGAAGCAACUGCGCCACAAGGAUUCCAGGAUUUGAAGAUUGUUCUCCAGAUCAGAACUGUAACAGUGGUACGUGUGUACCCCAAGGCGCUAACGCUUCUCAGUACUACUGCUGCUGUGAUGCGGGCUACACCGGCGACUUCUGUGAUCAGGAUGUGGAUGAAUGUGCCUCGAACCCGUGUGUCAAUGGCGGCACCUGCACCCAGCCUCAGCCAAAUUCCUUCCUCUGCUCCUGUCCACUCCUAUUCUCCGGGCCCACAUGCGAGAGACGUAAAACCUGCGCCGAUAACCCCUGUCUGAAUAACGGCAUGUGUUUCCCAGGAACCCUGGACAGUUUCCAGUGUGCCUGCGUGGAGGGAUUCACAGGUGAAUUUUGUGAGUCUCUAAAUACGCCACCAACACGACCCACCACCACAGUAACCACACCGACACAGUCCACAACGACAACGCCGGCGCCGAGGCCGUUCUGCGAGCCAAACUAUUACGGGCCCUCGUGUUCGGUGUAUUGUAAGUCUGACCCUGGUUGCGACUCAGGAUAUUUCACCUGUGAUCCUAAGACAGGUGAGAAACUCUGUAGUGAAGGAUGGAUGGGCCAGAAUUGUGACACGAGAAACACUAGUUAUGUGCCGGACGCCGAGUGUCCCGAUAGUUUUUGUAGAAAUGGUGCAUUUUGCAAAAACUCCACCUGUUGCUGUGCAGCCGGUUACACGGGAAGACUGUGUCACAUUGAGAUACUGGAAUGUGACAGCAACCCUUGUGUGAACGGUGGAAAAUGCAGGGACAGAAUCGGUGACUUUUUGUGUGAUUGUCCUUCAGGAUACUCAGGCAGGAACUGCGAGCUUAUAGAAAUAGAUGAUGUCCAGACGACAACAACACCGCCGGUGAACCCCUGUGACAGUCUAGCUUGUGACAACGGAGGGACAUGUAUUGUUGAUGAAAACGUCGGUGCAGUUUGUCUUUGCCCUCAAGGAUAUAACGGUCCUUCGUGUCGGAACGCCACCAACCCUAUCACGAACACGGUAUGCCCUCAGAACAGGUACGGUCCCGGGUGUGACGUCGUUUGCACCCCGGCUGACAACUGCGCCGAGGGACAUUAUGAUUGUCACUACAGCACAGGAGAGCGCAUCUGUCUGGCUGGCUGGGCAGGCGUUUCUUGUCAAGAGCGAUUCCUCUCCCCGAACACUGACCCCGAGUGCCCGGAGAACGAGUGUCGCAACGGUGGACAGUGCUUUAACGGCUCCUGUUGCUGCCCAAGAGGAUUCACGGGUAACUACUGCGAGCAAGAAGUUUUCGAAUGUAGUUCUCGUCCAUGCCUUAAUGAUGGUAAUUGUGUGGAGCUUAUUAGCGGGUUUGAAUGCGACUGUGCGGACGGGUACACCGGGGAUCUGUGCGAGGUUAACCAAACUGCAAUUGUUGUGACCGGAGGUACGACGCCAUCUGGUGUGCAGAUUACUUCAGGUGAUCUGUGUAGGUCUGACCCAUGUUUGAAUAAUGGCGUUUGUGUACACUUACCAAGCGGGUUUGAGUGUUUUUGUCCUGAUGGAUAUACUGGAUACCUCUGUGAAAGCAGCAUAUCAACGACACCAGUUCCAGUAAGUGACAGAACAACAACGACACCAGUUCCAGUAAGUGACGGCACAACAACGACACCAGCUCCAGUAAGUGACAGCACAACAACGACACCAGUUCCAGUAAGCAACAGCACAACAACGACACCAGUUCUAGUAAGCGACAGCACAACAACUACACCAGUUCCAGUAAGUGACAGCACAACAACGACACCAGCUCCAGUAAGUGACAGCACAACAACGACACCAGUUCCAGUAAGUGACAGCACAACAACGACACCAGUUCCAGUAAGUGACAGCACAACAACGACACCAGUUCCAGUAAGUGACAGCACAACAACCAAUCUGACCACCGGCGCUUUACUUUGUUCUGCCCAGCCAUGUUUAAACGAUGGCGCAUGCGUGCAGCUGCAAAAUGGUGUUGAGUGCCGUUGCAAACCCGGAUUUUUGGGAAAUGUUUGCCAAUAUAAUGACACAACAACGGUGAUGCCAUCGAGCAAUACGACAGCCGCAAGUGAAACAACGCAACCCCAAGUCUGUAGGUUCGAUUCUUGUCAAAACAAUGGAAUCUGUGUACAAAGAACGACUAGUUUUGAGUGUACUUGCCUCACUGGAUUCACGGGAUAUUUUUGCGAAUCAAGAAUCGCUGUCAUUCCCACGAGAGUUAGCCCUACGACUAACGUCACCGACAACAGUACAACGAUAUCGUCUACUCCGUUUCCAACACUGGACCCAACAAAUUCUUCGUUCACUCCAGUAGUUAUUGUCACUGACCCCCAAGCAACAAGUAAUUAUUCUUCUUCACGCUACACUGGUUCUACGACGCCGAAUGCUCCCGUGGUCACUGAGCAGCAAGGUUCUGCAAAUGUAACGAAUGUAACGUCUGGCAUGACAGAGUCUACCACCGUGACUACUCAAACUACCACGGAUAAUAUACAGAUGAUAACUGAUGACAAUAUGUCUUCAAACUCCACAACGUCAUCGAUAUCAUCAGUCCCUACGUCAUCUGAUGUUAAACACAGUACGCCUACAACAACGAAAACCACCGCCAUACCGACGGAAACUGAAACUUCAACCACAGCAACAACAACCAAAACGACAACAGAACAGCCAACAACAACAACGCCUGUUGUCACAACGCCACCAUCAACUAGUUUCGUCAGCACAAUCUAUGUCUACAAAUGGUGGAAGUUUUUGGACGAGGAGCAUAUUAUUGAUAUCCUGCGUUAUGGCAUAUAUCUGAGAAACCUAGCAAGAGGUGUCCAGCAGACGAGUAUACGAAUUCAACGCCUGGAAAAAUACGACACUUUGGACCCAAGAGGACGAAAUGUUGGCGAACUUGUGUACAAUGCCAGUUUGGUUGAGGGUCUAGAUGGGCCCCUUCUGCCUCCGACCAUCGAGUCUAUUGGAGAAGCCAUUAGAAACCGAGGCUACAAUAUCAGAAUAUAUGAAGGCCCAAAGCCCUGGAGAUAUAUGUACCAUUAUGACUUGUAUUAUAAGGCAAAGAGAACCGACACUGUGAGAACGGUGACAACAAAACUCAUCCAAGCUUGGCAGGCAAAAUAUCCAGAAUACCAAAACUGUGAGUGUACGUUCGUUAUUCAUAUUCCACGACGAGUUCGCUACUUGGACAGAGACGGGUCGAUAAUAACACGGUACAUUUACUUCGUGCUGGUGAACGACGAACUGAACAACCCGUUCGUACAGCCUGGACCUGGCUUACCGGAACUUACUCGAUACUUCACCUCGGAUGUUUCCGGAGAAGUGACUGUGGCCAACCCCGGAAAUCUUACCGAAUACGACAACCACCACGUGAUCUAUUUUACCGGAAACAAUAGUUACAUUGAUAACGAUGUCCUUAAAGAAUUUCUCGAGGAGGCGAUAAGGAACAGUACUGAGGCUGCACAAAACUGUUCGAGGCUUGAGGUAGAUGUAGUGAGAAAGGAAUCCCAGAUUGAUGAGAAUGGGAAGGAAGUCAUAAAGGUUAUGUACACAGUCAACUGCGACUCCAUGAGCUUUAAUAUGACGAAUUCUACAGCAGAGGUGUGGAACACCCUGAACGAUAUCUUAACUCAAAACGGUGAUGGUGAGCUGACUGUGUACAGGGAAAACAGCACGUUGUUUGACACAGAAAAUUCUUAUACUCUCUACCUCAUUGGAGAUCUUAGUAAUCACGUGGAAGAAGCCAUCUACAACGCCUGGGCCGAGGGAAGCGAAGAUAUCAAAGAUUGUAACUGCUAUGUGAAGGUAUACGUUGUUCGGAAACAAAGACAUGUUGGAAUUUACGGAAUUCAGCUCACAGCUGUAACAUACUUCAUCGCCAAGGAGGGUGAGUUCCUUUACCCAGAGAUAUCCGCCCCACCAACCGGAAACGUUUUCCAGACGAAGCUGAUGGAGAAGAAUGUUUUCAACCCAGUAUACAAAAGGAAUGAGGCUCGACCGUACGAUCUCCACUAUUCGGUGAUUCUCAAAAGCGUUUUGAUGAAAGAAGCCCAGAUGCCCUUAGCUAGGGGUAUAACCACGACAUGGGAGAAUAAUAUACCAGAGCAAUCCUCAAACUGCAAAAGAUUAGCUGAAUUGAGAAAAGGUCCUUUGCUAUCUCUAUGCAGGGAAAAACUGUCGAAGGCGGUGUACUUCGUGAACUGGGGAGAUUACUUGAUAAGCCCCAUGGACACAGCGCCACCUACUACCCAGUCUUUCGCAUCCAAUGCCAUUGAUGUCUGUGCUUGCCAAGCUUUACGACGAAAGCACGUAGACAUCGAAGGCAAUUUGUCUUAUACAGAGACGAUUGAAGUUCAGAAGAAAAUAGAGGAAAUGUGGAAAGCAAAAUAUCCAGGGGCAAUGAUAGAUUUUAAGAGCACUGAAGAGUUCGUAGAUGUUAAAGGCCAAGGUGUCACAAGAGUUUAUUUUACAAUAUCUGUGGCCCAGCGUGACACAUCCAGCUCCUGCCCCAACUUCCGGCCUCAGAAAGUGUGA